AUGCGUUGGCAUAUUCCUUGCAAUACGAAAAUCAGCGGCAUUUCCUAUUUUAAGACCUCUGUUCUUUCCCUUGCGCACCAACAGUCCCUCCGGCGACGGCGGCGAGGCGGGCGAAUUGGCAUCCUUCCUCCUCGACUCGACGCGCGCGUAAUCCGAGUCUUCACAGAUCACCUUCAAGAGGACAAGAUGUUGUGGCGCACAAUUCGCAGUAUGGAGGUGAUGGCGCAUUCUUCGAAUUUCCUUCUUCCGAAACUGCAUCAGCCUGCCAAGGCUCCAGCAAACAACUAUACUCUGGUUGUUCUUAACCAGCAGCUUCCACGGUUCAUGCCUCGCCUCUGGGCUCAAGCAAAGAUGAGAAUAUGUGCUGAUGGUGGAGCCAAUCGUAUUUUUGACGAGAUGUCUCAAAUGACAAAUGACCUGGACAGAAAUAGGUAUAUUCCAGAAAUAAUUGAAGGGGACAUGGAUUCUAUAAGGCCAGAAGUGAAAAGAUAUUACUCUAGUCAGGGAUCCAAAAUUUCUGAUAAAUCACAUAACCAAGAGACAACAGAUCUGCACAAGUGUAUUUCCAGUAUCCGCCAUCGCACACCUAAUCAUGAAAAGCCUAAUCUUUGUGUUCUUGUUACUGGAGCACUUGGUGGAAGGUUUGAUCAUGAGGCUGCAAAUAUCAAUGUUCUCUAUGCGUUUUCGGACAUGCGGAUUGUCCUUCUGUCCGAUGAUUGCUUGAUCCAACUUCUUCCCAAAACGCAUCACCAUGAGAUCUAUAUUGAGUCGUCUGUAGAAGGACCACAUUGUGGAAUUUUUCCUAUUGGAGCACCAUCUACAAGCACUACAACCACUGGCCUCAAGUGGAACCUGAGUGAUGCAGAGAUGAGAUUUGGGAGCAUGAUAAGCACAUCCAACAUUGUGGAUUCAGAUAAAGUUACUGUGCAGUCCGAUGCAGAUCUUCUGUGGACAUUUUCUCUUCGAAAUCUGACCUGA